AUGGCACCUCAUGGAGAUUCAUUACCUAGCUCAUUCUCUAGAACCAACAACAUAGUAUGCUCCAAACCACCAAAACCUAAUUCAUCCGAUCACAACAACAAUAACAACAACAUUCAAAGAACAAUCUCCGACAUAUCUUUCGCGUUAUCAAAAGAAGACUUUGAUUUAACACUUCCACCGAUAACCGAAGUUGAAGAUGCAAAGUGCGAGUGCUGUGGCAUGUCGGAAGAGUGUACGCCCGAGUACAUUAAACGCAUACGCGAUAAAUACUUAGGAAAAUGGGUUUGUGGUUUGUGUUCUGAGGCAGUGAAGGAAGAGUUGGAGAAAAAUGGAGGGAAGAAAGAUGAAGCUUUGAGUGAACACAUGAAUGCAUGUGUAAGGUUUAACAAAUAUGGAAGGACUUUUCCUGUUUUGUCUCAAGCUGAAGCCAUGAAAGAGAUGCUGAAAAAGAGUAAAAUGGAAGGUAGAAGGGCUAAGUCAUUCAACCCUAGAGAGAAAGGUGGUGGUGGUGGUGAAAAGAAAAGUGGACUUGCUAGAAGUUCAAGUUGCAUUCCAGCUAUCACAAGAGAUAUCAAAGAUUUCAAAAUUUCAAGUUAA